AUGAAAACCCUCCUGCUAUUGGCUGUGAUCAUGUCCAUGGGUCUGCUACAGGCACAGGGGAAUUUGCUGAAUUUCAGGAAGAUGAUUGAGAUUGUGGUAGGAAAGGAAGCUGUAUUAAGCUAUGCCUUCUAUGGUUGCUACUGUGGCUGGGGUGGAAAAGGAUCUCCCAAGGAUGCAACGGACUGGUGCUGCUUUGAACAUGACUGUUGCUAUGCCGAGCUGGAGGAUUAUGGAUGUGGGACAAAAUUUCUUGGCUACAAGUUUUCGAGUUAUGGAGACACCAUUGUCUGUGGUAAGAAAGACGGGGAUUUCUGUAGGAGAAAGUUGUGUCAAUGUGAUAGAAAUGCUGCCUACUGUUUUGCAAGAAAUGAAGACACUUAUGAUGAAAAUGUGCAGUACUACUCUAAUCAGAGGUGCAGUGGGAGAACUCCCCAGUGCUGA